AUGUCCCUCAACGAUAAACCUACAGAACCUACAGAGGGCACCCAACCCGACCAGAGCGAUGUUCUACGACGCCCGUCUCUUGUAUCCUCGCGAACUCUCUCCGACUCCGGGCGGCGGAUCUCCUCCCAACAUGUGCGCUUCUCAACCGAUCUCGAUCGCGAGUCCGUCGAGGAACAACGACAGACAAACUGGGACCAACGCCCCAAUUCCCGCGGCCUGACCAUCGAAACGGCGCUGGCGCCUCCAUCUGUUCGACCCGCCCACUCACCCACCUCUCCGCUCUCGCCUACCAAUGCGACCCAGAACGCUACCCUCUCCCCGCCUGCUGAGUCCGCCGGUCGGUCUCGGUCGCGAAAUCGUGGAUACUCGCUCCGUCGCAGCAUAUUCAAUAAGACCAUCAACUCGACGGAGACAAAUGAUGUUGCCCUGGCUGAGCUGGGUGAGGUCAAAGAACCCUCUUCGGACGUGACUCCUGCCCAGGCCCCGCCUACUGAACCGCUCACGGCUGCCGAUGAGAAGCAUGCUCUGAGUGUCGCGCCCACGGCGACGCUCGACUCGACUCAUAAGGAUGGUGCCUCCCCUUACGUAUCCUUCGAUCCGUCGGAAAGAACCCUCAAGGAGCAGUUCUCUGUGUCUGUAGCCCACGAUAAAUGGCGCCAGCAAAAGGCGACAGCCGCAGUGGCUGUCGCGCGUUUUGAGGCUGUUAUGACGUCCAUCCAGAAAUUUAUUCUGCGCAUCAAGGAUAUUCCACCUACUAAGGAUGGGCGCCACAUUGACUUGAAUCCGUCUAUGGUAGGUUCCAUGAUUGAUGAGCGCACCGAGAAGCCUUACAUCGGUAAUUACAUCCGUUCUAGUCGUUACAGUCUCUGGAGUUUCUUCCCUCGUCAAUUCUUCGCUCAAUUCACCAAAGUCGCCAAUUUCUACUUCUUGAUCGUCGCCAUCCUACAGAUGAUUCCCGGCUUGAGUACAACUGGAACAUACACAACCAUCGUUCCGCUUUUGAUCUUCGUUGGUAUCUCAAUGGGCAAGGAAGGAUUUGAUGACUAUCGUCGGUAUCGCUUGGACAAGGAAGAGAACAAUCGGGAUGCUUGGGUGCUUCGUCCAGGUCAUGGGACAGUCCAGGAUGGCGCCUCCGUGAUAAGCAACGCUCAAGAUUGGCAGCGGAUCAAGUGUGAGGAAAUUCGUGUUGGGGACGUCAUUAAACUUGAACGCGACCACCCGAUCCCCGCUGAUAUUGCUCUCCUUCAUGCCAGCGGACCCAAUGGCGUCGCUUACAUCGAGACCAUGGCGCUUGACGGUGAGACAAACUUGAAAAAUAAGCAGCCGUGUCAGCCUGUCUCCAAGGUGUGCUCGACUGUGGAAGACAUCAACAGCAACUCCUUGCACUUUGUCGUUGAGGACCCCAACUUGGAUCUCUAUAAGUUCGACGGUCACGUCAGUGUCAAUGGACAGGAGAGACUGCCCUUGACCAACAACGAGAUCGUUUACCGUGGCAGUAUCCUUCGCAAUACCGAUCGCGCUCUUGGUAUGGUGAUCUAUACUGGCGAGGAGUGCAAGAUUCGAAUGAACGCCAACAAGAACCCACGAAUCAAGAAGCCUGCUCUGCAGGACAAGGUCAACCGUGUGGUUAUGCUUAUUGUGGUUCUGGUCGUUAUCCUGGCUGUUGUCUGCACCGUGGCUUACAAGUUUUGGUCACAGGACGUAGAGAAACGUUCUUGGUACCUUGAAAACGCUAGUGUCUCGUACGGCCCGAUUUUCACUUCGUUCCUGAUCAUGUUUAACACCAUGAUUCCCAUCUCCCUGUAUGUGAGUAUGGAAAUCGUUAAAGUUGCCCAGAUGCUGCUCUUGAACGAUAUCGAUAUGUACGAUCCCGAAACCGACACCCCGCUUGAGGCGCGCACAUCCACGAUCAACGAGGAGCUCGGCCAAGUUAGCUACAUCUUCUCCGACAAGACCGGUACUCUGACAAAUAACUCUAUGCGCUUCCGCAAGAUGAGUGUGGCUGGAACCGCCUGGUUGCACGAUACAGACCUCCAGGAGGAGGCUGCUCGUGAAGGAGACCACACCAAGUUGAUGCACAAGAAACGGAGAGUAAAGGGGAAAAAGGCGAUGGGCCGCAAGUCGAAUGUUUCCGAGGCUCAGAUGCCCCGUCCAUCGAAUGUUUCUGGGCCCCUUGAUGCUCUCCGUCAGCAUGGUCGUUCGGCUACUACAUACCGCACUGAGGAGAUGCUCGAAUACAUUCAGCGCAAGCCGUACACCAUCUUUGCCCGAAAGGCCAAACUGUUCAUUCUGUCCAUGGCCCUGUGUCACACUUGUAUUCCCGAAGAAGACAAGAACGGAAAAACAACUUUCCAGGCUUCCUCUCCCGAUGAGUUAGCUCUUGUUCUUGCAGCCCAGGAACUCGGAUUUCUCGUCGUGGAUCGCCAAGCAAACAAGUUGACCAUCCGCACUCGACCCAACGGACCGGACGAAGCCACCACCGACGAAGUCUACGAGAUUAUGGACGUGAUCGAAUUCUCAAGCGCGCGAAAGCGUAUGUCGGUAGUUGUUCGAAUGCCCGACCAGCGCAUUUGCCUAUUCUGCAAAGGUGCCGACACUACGCUGAUGCGUCUCCUAAAGCAAGCCGAUCUGGCGCGUGAGAAGGCGAAUGAGAUUGAGCGCCGUGCAAGCAGACGCAAGAACGCCGAAAUGAACCAGGUCAUUCGACGUAACAGUGAGCACCACAGCCGGAAGAACAGUAUGGCUCGGAGCAGUAUGACCCGGCCUAGCUUCACCCGUCAGCGCUCGUCGAUUACUGGGCAACAGGGUUCAGCUCUUCGGGCCAGUAUCGAUGUUUGGCUGCGCGAUCGGGAGACAGAUGGUGGUAUGCGGAACAGAGAGGCUGAUAGCGAGUACUACAGCCCUCGGCCUUCGGCGCAGAUGGGUAGACCCUCAGCUGCGAUCUCGGAUUCUGGUAGUUCUACGAAUGGCGAAGAUGAUGAGGAGGAUCUCGUCGAGGAGGCACUGGUUGUCAACGAGGCCGCUAUUUUCGAGCGCUGCUUCCAGCAUCUAAAUGACUUUGCCACUGACGGCCUUCGGACUUUGUUGUAUGGCCACCGAUUCUUGGAUGAAGCGACCUACACGAACUGGAAAAUUGCCUACCAUGAGGCUUGCACUAGCCUCGUUGACAGGCAGCAAAAGAUUGAGGAUGCAGGCGAGCAGAUUGAACAGCAGCUGGAACUUACUGGCGCUACUGCGAUUGAGGACAAACUGCAAAAGGGCGUGCCAGAGGCUAUUGAAAAACUGCGACGAGCCAAUAUCAAGAUGUGGAUGUUGACUGGUGAUAAGCGGGAGACUGCUAUCAAUGUCGGCCACUCGUGUCGUCUUGUCAAGGAGUACUCGACACUGACUGUCUUGGAUCAAGAGAAUGGCGACGUUGAGCAAACGAUCGUAGACCUUAUCGGCGAGAUUACCGGCGCUCGCGUGGCACAUUCUGUGGUCGUGGUUGAUGGUCAGACGCUGUCCACGAUCGAAGCGAAUGAGGUAGUGCGUGAACGAUUCUUCCAAUUGGCUGUCAAGGCAGACUCGGUCAUCUGCUGCCGAGCGAGUCCGAAGCAAAAAGCGUUCUUGGUGAAAUCAAUCCGCAAACAGCUCACCGACGCAAUAACGCUUGCUAUUGGAGACGGCGCCAACGAUAUCGCCAUGAUCCAAGAGGCCCAUGUGGGUAUUGGAAUCACUGGAAAGGAGGGAUUGCAAGCAGCACGCAUCUCGGACUACUCGAUCGCGCAGUUCCGCUUCCUGCUCAAGUUGCUUCUUGUGCAUGGCCGAUGGAACUAUAUGCGUGCUUGCAAAUAUACACUUGGCACGUUCUGGAAGGAAAUGGUGUUCUACCUGACUCAAGCGCUGUACCAGCGCUGGAACGGCUACACUGGCACUAGUUUGUACGAGCCGUGGAGUUUGAGUAUGUUCAACACUUUGUUCACCUCGCUCGCUGUGAUCUUCUUGGGUAUCUUCACCAAAGACCUCUCAGCAUCGACACUGCUAGCCGUGCCGGAGCUCUACACCAAGGGUCAAAGGCACGGCGGCUUCAAUAUCAAGCUUUAUCUGGGAUGGUCCUUCAUGGCGACCUGCGAAGCAGUGAUAAUUUUCUUCACGAUGUGGAGCCUCUUCGGUCUCGCAAGAAUCAACCCCAGCGACAACGAUAUCUUCUCCAUGGGCCUACUCACCUUCUCCGCGUGCAUCAUCGUCAUCAACGUCAAGCUCCAAGCCCUGGAAGUCCACAACAAAACCUACAUGUCGCUAGCUGUGAUAAUCAUCUCCGUCGGCGGCUGGUUCAUGUGGGACCUCAUUCUCGACCGCGAAUACACAAUGGAAUCCGGAAAAGGUAUCUACUUCCUCCCUUCCAACUUCAUCCAUCACUCCGGCCACAACCUCCUCUUCUGGGCCGUCCUCCUUCUCUCCGUCUCGGCAGUCCUCCUCUUCGAAUUCACCGUCUCAACCCUCCGCGCCUUAUUCUUCCCAACAGACGUCGACAUCUUCCAAGAAUAUGAACAAGACCUCGACAUCCGCAGGCGCUUCGAAGAGGCUGCCGCCUCAGAACUCCAGCAGGGCUGGGACCACGGCACCAAGAGAUCAAGCUUGGAGAUCGCCCGCGAAAACGCCGAGCUCGCCGAGAUCGACGCCCGCGAACGCCAGGUCCGCGAGCUCCUCGCCCGCCCCCGCGUCAUGGACACCAAGCCUGAAGCCAAGGAACUCGAGAUCGAUGGGUUCACCAGCGCCAGCGCGACGGCCAGUCACAGCAGCAGCGUGCCGAGUCGCGAUGCUGCGAAUGUCGCUGAUGCGGAGACAGACCGUGGUCGCCAGUCUGGCCUCCUCUGUCCCGAAGACGCUACCGGCCGUCGUCGCUCCGUUGAAAUCCAAGAGCUCUUCAGUAAAGGCUAUGGUGCUGUGCGUAAGGGCCAGCUCAAAUGA